AUGAAAAAUAAAGGCCCAUAAUUACAUACACUAGCAGUGAAGAAUGGAGCAUUAAUGAAUCCAGAAGGAUAGACAAUUAAUGGUUUGAUUGAUUUGAUCAAAUUAAAGAGCCAACCAAAAAUAGUUUUUUAUUUUGAUUUUUUGGUUUGCAUAGAUUAAUCAGGGAAUCCAUUCAUUUUUUAUCAUGAUAAAAAUAGAUACAUAAAUAUUCCAACAAUAAGUCCAGCUAAUUUGAUAUCAUAUAUUGAUAAUAAAGGAGGUUAACUGGCAAUAGCAUUGUAAAAUAAAACUAUUCAAAUUGUGUCUUGUUAAAGUAUAAUUUCUAUUUUAACAAUUAAGAUGGAAGAAAUUUAAAAACUCUGAAAGGACAUGAACAUUAGAUCUUAGGAUUGCAUACUAAUCAUACUUAAAAUAUAUUGCUUUCUGUUAGUCAAGAUUAAUGUAUUUUGCAUUCCUUAGACUCAUUUGAUAAAGUUCAUUCUUUAUUCUCUAAAGGAAGUAUAUUUGUUGGAGCUAGUUUUUUACCUUCCUCAACUGAAUUAGCAACAGUCAUGGCAGACAAAUCUUUAUCAAUUUGGAAUCUAUCAUCGUUUGAAAUAAUAAGCAGAAUCUAACUACCUGAAUAAUUUAAUAUUAAAUAAUGUCAAUUAGUUCCAUCUAUUGAUGGACAAAGAUUGAUAAUAAAUUGUCACUCUAACAAAAUUUACAUCUUAGAUAAUCACAACAAUUUAAUAACUUAAGAUGUAAAUUAAGGAUAUGGGAAUGGUGUUUAAUUAGUUAAGCCUAUCAAAAGAUAAUAAAUAUUGAUGUUGACUAAAAAUUCUAUGAUUAUUUAAAUAGAUAGUACUGGGAAUCUUAUAAAAUGUAUUGAGAUAUUAUAAGGUAAAACUCCUAUUCACUUUGAUGUUUAUUAAAAUAAAAUUGCAAUAAUAUUAAACACAGGAGAGAUUGCUCUCUAUGAUCUUAAUAAAUUAAAUAAAUAGAAUUAAAAUCUGAAUUCAACAAUAGGAGUAAAUGUUAGCACAAUGAUUAAGGAGAAUUAUGCUGAUACUUUAAAUUUCAAUAAUACAACAACAAAUAUUGAUAUCAAGAAAGUUGGAAAUAAUACUAAUACUAUGUAAGGAUCAUUUUCAUAAUCAGCAGUAAGUAAAAAGAACAGCAAAUCUAAUAGUAUAUCUUAGCCAAUUAAUUCUCAUACAUUAGGAAAAAUAUAUAAGAACAGUGAUGAUCCAUUGAAAGAAUUAUUAAAUUAUUAGAAACUACAAUAAUUCUUAAAAUAAUAUCACAUUUUUCCAGAUGAUAAAAGAAGUUUAAUUUGGAGAUCUUUGCUUAAUUUGCCAAUGAAUUAAGAAGCUUACAACAAUUUAAUUAAUUAAGGAGUUCAUCCUGCUUAUUAAAAAUUAGCUGAUUAAUAUCCAUUAUAGAGUGAAUCGAUGUUUUCAAGAUUAUAAAGAACUUUAUCUUGUUUGGCAUAUUAUUGUCCUUUGUUUGCUGAAAUAGAUUAUUUGCCAUAAUUAGUUUUUCCAUUUGUUAAAUUAUUUAAAAGGGGAGAAGAACUAUUGAUAUUUGAAGCGACUCUAUCCUUAUUGAUUUAACAUUGCCAAAGAUUUUUUGAAAAUUUUCCUAAUGCUCCUGUAUCUCUAUUGUAAUUCCAUGAUUAAGUAUUCAAUUAGGUAGAACCUCAAUUAUAUUAACAUAUGAAAUAAUAUUUAGGAUAUACAUCAAUUAAAUAUGCUUGGCCAUCAAUACGUUAAUUUUAUACAAAUUUAUUGACAAAGAAUUAAUGGAUGCAAUUAAUUGAUCAUUUAAUAUUGUAUAAUGAUUUACCUUAAAUGAUUGUAUUGUUUAUGGUAGAAUACUUUAUCUAUUUUAAAAACACAAUAAUGAGAAUGAAUGAUCAAGAUUAAUUAGAAUUGUUUUUUGCUAGAAGCAAUACAGUUGAAAUAGAAAAAUUGAUUGAGAAUACAAUUAAUCUUAGUAAAUCUUUAGAUAUGGAUCAAUAUUAAAUUAAUUUAUAGUUUUUAUUACCAUUAUAAAAGGAUUAAUAUUAACUCUUUAGUAUUUAUCCAAAGGGAAGUGUAUAAUAUUAAGCAAGAGUUAGAGAACAACUAUAAGAAGAUGAAUAAAGAUUGAUACAAAAGUAAUAACAAAUUUCUAGAUUAUAAUAAAUGGCUCAAUAGAUGGAAUAAUUAGAUUAACUCUUUUAAGAAAAAUAACUUCUAACAAUGUAAGCAGAAAAAGACAGACAAGAAAUGUUUGAUUAUUAAGUGGAAAUGAGGGCAUAGAAAUAAUUUUAAUAAGAUUAGUAGGUUAGAUAAUAAAGAAUUAAAUAAUUAGAAAACUUAGAGAAAACUAUGAAUGAAGCAGUUUAGAAAUAAUUAGAUUUAUAACAAUAGGAACAAGAAUAUUUAAAUAAAUAAUUUAGAAAAACUUAAUUGGCUGACAAUUUUAGAAUUGUCUCAUUACAAGAAGAGGAAGCUUUAUAAAAUUUAGAGUAUUAAAUAUUUAGUAAAUUUUAAUAAUAAAUGGAAUAAAGAGCUAAACAAGAAAAUUAGAGAAAAAUAUAAUCUUAAAUGGAAUUUAGAUAAAAAGAAAAAGAAUUAUUAGACUAAAUUAAAUGUGAGUAAUGGAAAAUGGACUCUUAACAAUAAUAAAUAAAAGUUGAAUAAUUAAAGUAGUUAAAAAUGUAAUAAAUUCAAGAAUUAGAAAAUGAAGCAUAGUUAGAAGAAGUUGAAUAUCAAGAAAGAAUACAUUAAUUUCAAUAAGAUUUAAAAAUGAUUUAAUUAGAGAGAGAAAAGAAAUUAAGAGAUCAAUUAUUUUAAGAUUAGAUUAGUAAAGAAGAGUAGUAAUUGAGAGACAAAAGAUAAGUUGAAGAUAAAAAAAGAUAAAGUAGUAUAUAGAGAAGAUAAUAAUUUGAACAGGAAAUGGAAAGAAUAGCAAAAUAACAUUAAGAUAAAUUGAGAAUCUAGGAAUAACAAUUAAUGGAAUAAUAUAAAAAAUCAUAGAGUUUUUCAAAUUAAUAAUACUAACCAAAUUAUUAUUAAAAUAGUAAUUAUUAGAACAAUUUUGAGUAAAGUUCAGGAGAUGUUAGAGAACCAAUGACAAGUUAGAAAUUAUCAAGUGCAUUAUAUGAUUUUCAAUCAAGUCAAAAGUAAUAAUAAUUUUCACCUUCUAUGUUGGUUGAAGAUGAAAGAGAAAAAAUUAAUUAAUUAAGAAAUCAAAUAAGAGAUGAAAUGCAAAAUAUACGAGAAAGAGAACAUGAUGAAUAAUUGUAAUCCAUGUUGAGAGAAAGAGAAUAGGAAAUAUUCAAAAGAACUUAGUAAAUACGUAAUCAAAUAAAUUAAGAAGUUGAAAAUAAGAACAAUUCAAGUAUUUUAUAUAAUUUAAUUUAGCAUACAACACUGGAUAAUUCUAAAAAUAAUAGUAAUAUUAUAGUCCAGGAUCAUCUUCCCAGUUUUCACUUUAUAAACCAUAAUAAGAAGUUGAUAUAGAGCCAAGAGACUUAUCAGAAUCUUAGUUAACAUACAGUAGUGGAUUCACUUCUCCUGGUUAGCGUUAUUGA